UUUCAGAUUCAAUUCUCCAGUCACACAAGCUUACGUGAACGUGAUCGACUUUGUGACGCAAAACUGCUUAUUUCAUUAUUUUUUGAUUGUAUUGACUGCAUAUUGCCUUUCUCUUGAAACAAAUUAAGUGCGCCAUGGGCAAGGAUUAUUACAAAGUGCUAGGAAUCGCAAAGGGUGCCAGUGAUGACGAUAUAAAAAAGGCAUACCGUAAAAUGGCACUGAAGUAUCAUCCGGACAAAAAUAAAGAACCUGGUGCAGAAGCAAAGUUUAAGGAAGUGGCGGAAGCAUACGAUGUACUGUCGGACCCGAAAAAGAAAGAAAUUUAUGAUAAAUUCGGUGAGGAUGGUUUGAAAGGAGGCGAAGGAGGAUUUGGCGGUCCUGGUGGUGUGCAUUAUGAAUUCCAAGGAGACCCGAUGCAAAUGUUUGCGCAAUUCUUUGGUGGUAGUGAUCCGUUUUCUACGUUCUUUGCUAGUGGAUCUGCUACUGGUGGUGGACCACAACUUUUCUUCUCAACCGGUGGCGAUGAUAUGCGUUUCGAUUUUCCAGGGAUGCCUUUCAGUAUGGGUGGUCAUGCACGGCGCCAGCGUCAAGAUCCUGUUGUGCAGCAUGAGUUGCUGGUUUCUUUAGAAGAUAUUUACAAGGGUUGUACCAAAAAAAUGAAAAUUACUAGGAAGGUGUUAGCUCCCGAUGGGCAAUCGACACGGAUAGAGGAUAAAGUAUUGACAAUCAAUAUCAAGCCUGGUUGGAAGAGUGGGACCAAAAUCACGUUCCCUAAAGAAGGGGAUCAACAUCCAGGACGUGUUCCUGCCGACAUUGUGUUUGUUAUCAAAGACAAACAUCAUCCUAAAUUCAAGCGAGAAGGUGCAGAUAUCCGGUAUAUACACAAGCUGGCGCUACGUGACGCUUUAUGUGGAACGAUCAUACAUGUUCCAACUUUGGAUGGUACAACAUAUCCGAUGCGUAUCAACGAAGUCAUUAGACCAAAUACGUCCAGGAGGUUGACAGGACAGGGCUUACCGAAUCCUAAAAUGGCUGGACGACGAGGUGAUUUAAUUGUUGAAUUUGAUGUGAAGUUUCCAGAUUCACUUUCAUCAGCAUCCAAAGAACUGAUAAUGAAUGCACUGCCAGCAUGAAUCAGGUCAUAGUGCUUUGCUGACUUUAUUUGUAUAAGCUGAAAGCUCUCCGUGUUUCUUGUAAUCGAUCAGUUUUAAUAGGUGUUAAUGAUUUUAGGUGAUCUGCUUACAUUUGGAUUGUAUAAAACUCGCAGUGUCUUUUUUUCAUUGUAUAAAAGCCGAUAUAUCGGAAAAACUACGAAAUGGAAGUCUGGGAUACGUACUAAAUCUCAGGUGUGGUCUUUAAAGGAAAUAUGGUCAUUAUGACUUUAGAGAUUGUUUUUGUUUUUCUCUCCCUCUAAAGCUAAAAAGCUAAAAAAAUGCA